UCAUAUAAAUAGCUGCUACUGGUGCAGAUCAAACAUAAAUUCUGAACAGGUGUUCGUCAAAGCAACAAAACAAGAAAUCAAUAUGAAGUUCUUCGCAGUAUUCGCUCUCUUUGUAGCUUUCGUGGCACUGGUGCAAGCGGCUCCCGCAGACGAGGAGUACAGUAUGUCAGGACUGUCGGGCGAGGUGACGGAGGCGGUGGAGGUGUUCGGCAGCGCGCGGCAGCGGAUCUGCACGGCGGCGCUGUGCCGCGCGGUGUGCCAGUCGCUGGGCUUCCCGCGCGGCAGCUGCAACGCGCAGCUCCUUUGCGUCUGCAGACGUUGAUUAUUUGUAUACAGUACAUGUCCACGUUUUUAUGUAAACAUGUAUUUUUUUAAAUAAAUAUAAUAUGAAUUAUAAA